GCAGAAUACUUGUCUUUACGAUACAGCUUCCCCAGGCCUAGGUCCGAUGAGACCUGCGAGCCGAGACAUCUCAGUCAGACCUGGAGAUAGAAGUCAUCACAAAGCACACAACGUCGAGUGACAUUGAUAUUGAAAAGCAUGUGUUAGAGCUAGAGGCCGGAGGUAAGUACCGGUACUGCCCAAAACCAAUCAGUUACGCUUCAAUUGAGUCAAUCUACACGUGGGGAUCGACUAGUGGACGGCUCAUUCUGCUGAAGAGGCCCUUGUUUCCGCCGUAACUCAUCUCAUGUCUUAUCGAUAAAGACUCCUUAUCAAAUCUUAUCGACACAUGACUCUCAAAAUAUCUUGAGUUUGGCCUAGAAACCCCGCGGUCCCUUUCCCAAAACCGCUGCUACUUGAAGAGUCCCUCCUCUCUCGCAUCGAGCAUUUCACAUCAACCAUUUCGCAUCUAUCACCGCAAAGAUGUCCAUCUCAAAUGAGGCAUUACAAAAGCUUGUCCAAGAAAUCGAGAGCCAGGCUAUAAAUUCUCAGCGAGACUUGCUCAAAGUCAAGCAGUCAAUAGCAUCCAAGACUCGUGAGAUCCGCCUGCUGGAACUGACCUCCAAAGAGGUAUCAACUCUCCCAUCUGGUACCAAUGUCUACGAGGGUGUCGGCAAGAUGUUUGUUUUCAGCCCUACAGCUGAGGUCGACAAGAGGUUAACGACCGAAACGACGGACCUCAAAUCGGACAUCAAGAACCUCGAGAAAAAAAUUCAGUAUCUUGAGACUACUGUCAAGAAUAGUCGAGAGCACAUGGAUCAGAUCUUCAACAGCGGAGGGCGUGCAUGAAGCAUGAGGGAGGAUCUGGGCUCGAUGGAUUUGAAAAAGCAGCGAGAGGAAGGAAAUGAAAAUGGGCCAAAUUUAGAAAUGGUAAUGGGGAGUUUCAUUAUGAUUCAUCCA